GUGAGCGUCAGACGGAGUGGACGGGGAGAAGAGAGAGAAGAGAGACAGAAGCGAGACAGAAGCGAGAAGAGUGAGCGAGGAGGCGCUGACUCAAUCCUGCAGCAGUCCAGAGAUGGAAGCGAUGCUGCAAGCCCUGUGCGUCGUCAUCAGCCUCGUCGGAGCCUCCGUCUCUCAAGAUGCCAGUUUGACACCCAGCCCAGCGCCGUCCGCCGCCGCCGCCGUCGUCGUCGCGACCCCCGACCUCAUCCUGUGGAAGAACUCGUCGCUCGCGCUGCUCGAGUGCCGCCUCGUGCCGUCGGGCGACGAGGUGGUGGCUCGCUCGUGGCUCCACAAUGGCUCGAAGAUCCACGGCGACUGGGUGCCGAGCAACUACAUGAACCACACCGUCCGGAGCUUGCUCGAGGCCGGCGCUUACACCUGCUACUUCGGUGGCAAACACAACUCCUGGAACGCAACCGUUCUGGUCAAAGCCGCCCCCCAGUUCGAGGCGGUGUCGGGGGUGGGCAAGAAGGAGCACAAGAAGGAGCACAAGAAGGAGCACAAGGACCACAAGAAGGAGCGCAAGCUGUCGGCGUACAUCGGCCACAAGGCCGUGAUCAGCUGCCACCUGGCCUUCGAAGGCUUCCCGGCCCCGACCUGGACCUGGUUCAAGCAGUCUGCGGAUAAGAAGACGCUCACGCCGCUGGACGCGAACGACACGGAGGGCGAGAGCGGCGCGAGGACACAGCGCGUGAUCGCCGCGGUCUCGCGCGAGGACGAGGGCGAGUACCUGUGCCUCGCCAGCAACAACGCCGGCUCCAGCAACGACACCGUCACCUUCAAGGUCCACGACCUGCGUGACGCGGUAUGGCCCUUCCUGGGUAUCGCCGCCGAGGUGGUCGUUCUCAUCGUCAUCAUCUUCGCCUGCGAGAAGAUGGGGCGCAAGAAGGCGACGGCCACCCCUAUCGAGGAUGACGGAACGAUGGCACUGAAGGGCGCAGCAGAGAAUCGCCACCCCGGCACGGAGGCCGUCAGGCAGAGGAACAGCAAGUAGACCGCCGUGCCUGACCGCACUCCACACGACUGGAGGGCGUCCCGGUGGGAGAUGGAGGGUGCGGAAGCGGAAGCGGACACCGGUCGUUCUUCGCCUACUAAGUGCAUAGUCUUCCCGACAUCAUCAUCAUCGUCGUCGUCAUCGUCGUCGUCAUCAACCGUGGCCUAUCCGCUGCUAGAGACGAAGGGUCUCCUCCCCGUGCCGCCGUCACAAUCUCCCGUCGCGUCGAUGUUUCCGCCGCCCGUUUUUUCCCCCGCGUGCGCGCGCCCAUUUCAUGGUUGGGGCCUCCGCUGCGGUCGCCCUCCGAGGGCGCUGUUUUUCGUCCCGUCUCGUCCGUCGGCCCGCCAUCCCAUCGCAGUUGACGCGUCCUGCCCAAGCCCGCUUGUUUUCCCCACCGGCCCGUGCGACGUUUGUCGCCCUUGGCCCCGCGCGUCCGAUUAGCCCGGUUGGCCACGUACGGUGCGAAAGAAGUUGAACAUGCGUACAUUGCGUGCGAGCGUUCACAGCAGCCACCUCCGCUACCUCUCCGUCUCUCGCUGUCAAUCCCGAGCGUGCGCCUCACUGCUUUGCACACUUUUCAGCUCCCGCUUGUUUUUUUUUUUUCUGUCCGUGUCCCUCUGCGUCCGAUCGGACGCAGAGGGACACGGAUAGCACUGAGGAACGGAAACUCCAGGUUGCUGACAGGACAAGAAUGUAUGAGGGACGCGUCUUCUUGGAAUGUUGUGUUUGUCAAAGCGCAGGGCAUUACCAUCCUGCAAAUACGUACACACACAAACACAAACACACGUACCACUCGUCAUUUACAUGUCAUCAUCGGCCAUGGUCAGUCCACUGCUGGAUGAAGGCCUAUCCACGCCGUCUGCAUCCGUCAUGUUUUCGCGACGUCGCAAUCCAUCUCGAGCUGAUCUUGUCAUUCCAUCUCCGCUUUGGGCGUCCUCGCCAGCAAUUAUGGACCUGGCUGGAAGGUGGGGAGGGGAGGCUUUCACCCCCAUUGGUGGCGAUUGUGAAAAUUCCACAUUCCUAUGACCGGGGUCAGCCCACCGAAAAUACAACGACGGUUAACUUACCCGCAAAGCGGUACUGAUUUUAACCGCCCUGGAGGGAUGAUGACCGAUGCAAUGAAAUGAAUACCAGCCAGGUCUUAAACAAUGUGUGCGUAGUAGAUGCAUUUAAAAUAGAGCCCCCGUAGCCUUAUAGAGUACUGGGGGGUAAGUGUUGUUAGCGCGCACCAACCAAUCACUGCCAGCAGGGCGCUCGAGCGCCUGGUGUGGCAACAAUCACGCCCCACCGCCUUUGUCUUCCCAUUUAUGGUGCUUGCUCAUUUGAGGCUGAGUCGACCUAGAGGAUAUUCGUCACCGACGUUGGCCGGGUUGGUAGCGCAGCGCGCUAACCGCUGCGUCACCGCUCCCCAGCGCACACAGAUAGAGGCGUCACGUACGCACGCGCGCACACUUGCACUGCUGCGCAGGCAAUUGUAGAAAAAAAAAGUCAUAUAUUUACAGUCGCAAGUAUAUAGCAAUGAGAAUAGUUGUAGAAAAAAGCACGCGUCGGAUAACUAUGCAUUGUUUUACGGGAUAAAUUAUACGAGCGGCUGUGUAACUUCGGGAUUCGCCACCAAUCCUGCAAUUCGUAAUGAGUUUCUUUUCGGGUCUCAGUGUCUCACAAUAACCCUCCACCACCCUGCGGCAGGGCCAGCCGAAUCAAGUUGCCGCGUGGGGCGAAGGGCGUCGCUUGGCGCGGUUUAUCGGCGAGUCGGGCGAGUGUUGGAUGAAGGCCAAAAGCCAAAAUAUUAACGAUUUGGUUGGAGGUUACGCCCAGCAGAAGCUCAGCCAGCUUCCGCUAGCACCGGCGAUGCUGGCUGUCAUCUCCAGCGAAGCGUCUUAUUUUAUGUGUACAUAAAAAUUGUCGAAAUGUUGUUCGCCUUUCAACGACGCUCCGGUUUUGCUGAUAAACCGAAUCGAUUGGUUGUGUCGCCGGCUGGUGGUGCGGUGCAGAUAACAGUGGGCGCACGGUGGCGAGGAGAUGUUAACUAACUCGCCUGGUAUACAGGAGGUCGUGGGUUCGAUCCCGACCCUGACGCCUGCUGUAUAUUUGGAGUUUGCGUGUCUCUCUCUCACGAUGGUCGCGUGGAUAUUUCUCCGGGUCCUCCGGUUUGUCCCUCCACAUUUAGGAUGAACAUGCUUUUAUAGGUUAUUUGGUUGCUAUAAAUGUCCACGCGAUGAUUAGCCACUUCGUUGAGCUAUCUUUGUGAUAGCCAGGUCGCUUCUGAAAAAGAGCUUUAUCGCUCAGUGGGCCUUCAUCUGGCAAUAUAAAAUAUAUUUUUUAAAUAGCUUGGUUAUGUUGGGGCCUUUUGGGUUUGGGAGUGAGUGCUCAGCCUGGCCCUGUUUGCUGUUCAACUGUUAUGUACCAAUUUUAAAACAUGAAAAUGUGUUUAAAAAAAAUGAAGCCACGUGCUGUUUCCGCUUCCAGUAGUGCUGUUUGUUGCUGGCUGCCUGCCUGGGGUAGCGAGAUUAUGGUGGCAGCUCAGUCACCACUCGCUGCUGAAAAUCCCAAAUAAAUGUAACAUUCGCUUGCGCAACUGGUGAAAUGUUAGCUCUGAGAAUAAAAAAAUGACAUCAGUUUGACCGUCGUGCGACGAAAAUAUCUGUCACAAGUGUACGGGGGGGGGGAGGGUGGGGAUAGUGCUGCCCGCGACUGUGCCUGUGGAACAGAGGAGACUUCAAGAAGAGGAAAAAUAAUAAGGCAUCUCGGAGGUAGCUCUGUGAUCUCCACGUCUCCAGGGGCCGUUCUCGAAUAACGCCCAAGGGUUUGCACUGCUGCGUGACAGGGAUCCGAAUGCCCACUCUGAUUUUAAAUUUGUUAGGAAACCUGAAAUGUCGUUUUAGAAACUUGUUUGCCAAGUCUUAAAGUAUCACCCACCCCACGUCCAAGUACCCGAUUAGUGCAGCAAUGAUGCUUGCGCGUGACGGGAUUCGUGUAUCGCCUUCGGGGCCGUUUGGAGAGUCGUGCGCCUCGCGUGGCCAGGGGGCCGCCGUGAGACGAGGUCGCGUGUCGCGUUCGGUCCACGAGACCGUAGCUUCCUUUAUUUUUUUUUGUAUCACCGAUUGAAACGAUCCCUACAGGUUACAGUGGAGCACCGCUCUCUUCGCUUGCACGAUGGCAGUAGCAGAAGCAGCAGCAGCAGCAGUGUGUUCAGGAAUCAAAUGCCAAUGUCGAGUUCUUCCAGCCACGACGAGAGGGCUUCAGGAGAGAGAGAGAGUCCGUUGCCGCCUUGUUUAUUCCUCCAAUUUGAAUGAGCGCAGACUUCAGCGGUUCACGAUAUGCUCCAUAUCAUUAAUGCACUGGAAUACAAUUGCUCUUUGUCGUCCAUCGUACUUGUGUCGCAUAUGAAUGUAUUCUAACAACGGUGAUAGCGAUGUCCGGUGUCUUGUGUGUUGCAAAAAUAAAAUAGUACGUCCCAUGUGA